CCCUUGGUUGCAGCAGCUCUUACUAAGAGUUUCAGAAUUGCCUGUACAAGGUGCACCUUUCACUUUGCAAGGGAUUGGCUCCAUUCUUGAUGAUUGUGCAAACGUUCAUAAUUACACCUCCAGGUAAACAGACUGCUGUCUUCUUGGAAAACUGAGAAGCACAAAGAAUGUUUAUAUGAAGGUCCAGCCGUUCCAAGUAUCCAAGCGCUGGUUUAGACACACCUGGAUUACCAUCCCCCGCUCAUUGGCUGAGAAAGUUGCCACACCUGAUUUGUAAGUUUACCUGUUACAGUCUAUAGGGGGGGCACCUCAGCCAGUCAACACUGGAUUUUAUCUAGCUAGAAGUAGCCAAGCAGCUCUUAUUUGAAAAACCACCGAGUUCUGAGUUUAUUACUACAGGAAAAACUGUUCUGUCCUGGGGCACAGAGAACCUUGCUUCUGAGCAGCCCGACCAGCUCAGGAGUCCAGUCGGAUAUCCCGGAGAUAAUGGCAACCUACGCCUUGCAAAUGGCUGGACUGGUGCUUGGUGGUGUUGGCAUGGUGGGCACGGUGGCUGUCACCAUAAUGCCUCAGUGGAGAGUGUCUGCCUUCAUUGGAAGCAACAUUGUGGUUUUUGAAACCAUCUGGGAAGGACUGUGGAUGAAUUGCGUGAGGCACGUUAACAUCAGGAUGCAGUGCAAAAUCUAUGAUUCCCUGCUGGCUCUUUCUCCGGACCUCCAGGCAUCCAGAGGACUAAUGUGUGCUGCUUCUGUGCUGUCCUUCUUGGCUUUCAUGACGGCUGUCCUUGGCAUGAAGUGUACCAGGUGCACUGGGGACAAUGACAAGGUAAAAGGUCACAUCCUGCUAAUGGCUGGAAUCAUGUUCAUCAUCACAGGCAUUGUGGUGCUCAUCCCUGUGAGCUGGGUUGCCAAUUCCAUCAUCAGAGAUUUCUACAACCCAAUAGUGAAUGUUGCCCAGAAACGUGAGCUUGGAGAAGCCCUUUAUAUAGGCUGGACCACGGCACUGGUGCUGAUUGCUGGAGGGGCACUGUUUUGUUGUGUUUUUUGUUGCAGUGAAAAGAGCAGUAGAUACAGAUACUCCAUACCUUCCCAUCGCACAACCCAAAAAAGUUAUCACGUGGACAAGAAGUCACCCAGCGUAUACUCCAGAAGUCAGUACGUGUAGUCAUGUAUGCUUUUAAACUGUACUUGUAAAGCCAUGCAAAUGACUAAAAUGCCCAUUGUUAUCUAAAAAUGGAACCCAAAGAAACAUUGAUUUGCCAUUCUUGACUGCCUAACAUUAAUUAUAGGAAUUGUGCAUCAGCUAUUUAUGAUUCUAUAAGCUAUUUCAGUAGAAUGAGAUAUUAAACACACUGCUUUGAUUGCUCUAGGAGGUAUGGUAAUUUGUUUUUUAAGAUGAUUCAUGCAUCUACUAUUUUAAUCAGUUACUUCAAAACAACAUUGUUAAAGACUGUAUUAUUUUACAACUGUAAUUUCUCUAGGACAUAGCAUUAUGUAUGUAGAUGAGUGUGACGUUUAUAUCUGACAUAAAGACGUGCUUAUAUGGUUUUAUUUAAAAUGAAAUACUGAUCCAUUACACUGAAUAAAUAGAACUCAACUAUUGCUUUUCAGGGAAAUCAGGGGUAGGAUUGAAGAACGUUAAUAUUAAUUGUUUAAAAACAGCUUAGGGAUUAGUGCCCUCCAUUUAUAAUGAAGGUUAAAUUGAAGGCUUUAAUCAGCAGUGUAAAGAAAACUAAACUGCCUUCUGAUAUCCCCUUUUUUUUUAGCCUAGGAAUUAGAAAUACUAACUCCUUUAUCCUCUUCCCUCAGAGGACUUCCUUUUCUUGUAUAUCAAAUUAACAUUUUUCAAAAGCAGAUAUUUUGUCAAGGGGCUUUGCAUUCAAACUGCUUUGCCAAGGCUUAUACUAAGAAGAAAGAUAAAAGUAUGGUCCAAGAAACAUUAAUGAUUUCUGGAAAGUAAAAUUUUUUUCCUCUUAAAUUUUUGUAGUUGGAGAAGAAGGAUGUAUUUUGAAAAGAAAUCAUAUAUGUAUGGGAAUAUUUUAAUGAGUAUUUGAGUACAGACUUUGGGCUUUUACCAAUAUAAAUAAUGGGGCAGAAAA